UAUUCCUGAAGGACGGAGCUGGUUAUCCGAGUGUAGCCAUGCGUGCAGUCGCGCUGCUGUUCACCUGUUUUAGCUGCAGUUUUCUCUGCACCGUCGCUGCUGAGAGGACUUUAGAGGAGAAAGGUCGCGAUGAACUGCGGAAGCUGCGUGACCUCGCGGUGCAGCCCCGGUACGGAGAGUGCUGGACCAGAGCGCUGGAGAAGAUCCACACAGGCUGCAGGGAGUUCUCCGCAGAUAUGCAGAGCUUCAUAGCGCUGGCCUUCACCCACUGUCACCUGAGAAGGUCUGGCCGUGAUUUUCCAGAGUGCCCAGAUGGCAGUGAUGUUAAGACCUGCACCCGUGACAUGGACCCUGUUGCGUUUAACACCUACACUGAGUUCUUCACCCACGCCCACAGCAUCUGCCAUUAUCUGCAGAGCGAGCGGUGGCAGAAUCGAGCGGAAAACACCAUCCACAGGCUGACUGAGAGUUCAGCCGGUGUGGCUGAUCAACUAGCGUCUACUCAGAGGAUGGCUGAGGACCUUGUAGAGGCCCAGAGCGUGGCCCUCAAAUCACAAGAAACCAUCCUGCGCAAUGGAGAGGAGCUCAAAAACACACUGCAGGACUCAACCAGAGGGCUGAAGGAUGUGUUUGCUGAGAUGAGACACUCUGUGCAGGAGCAACAGGUGGCAUUUGCAGAAAUCUUCAGCCGCGUCGCUUUCCUCCAAAGUUUUAUCAUGUCAGAAUCGCACACCCUCAGCUCGCUGUUCUACAAUGCUCUGGCCUUCUGCGCCUCCUUCCUGCUCACGUCCACCCAACGCACUUCAGGGGCCAGGUUUUUCCUGUUCGGACUUGUGGCGCUGAAUGUCUACCUGGAGAGGCUGAUCUGUAAGAUGGUGCUGGAGAACGAUAAUCCAGGAUAUCAACAAAUGGAGCGGAUUGCUCUGCUGGUCGGCCUUCUGAGAAAAGCCAUGCUUGUGAUUGGCAGCUUUGUUCUGCUAUACUUUGCUGUGCGGUUUCGGAACGUUAACCGAGAAAGUCUGGAGAUACUGAAGGAGCUGAAAGAGACUCGUUCUAAUCUUAAUCAAGCGUUGCGGAAAGCAGAGCGUCUUUCGGGAUCUAUGGAGGACUGGAAGAAACCCAGGCAAAAGCAGUGGGGUGGAAAGUGGGAUCAGGAAGAGGAGGGCAGUUUGGUUAUUUUGCAUGCCUCUGGAGCCAUAGAAGCCAAUUUGCCUUCAUUUUCUUCCCUUCACAGCAGCAGGCAGAGCGAGAGCCUGAUUCCACUAGAGGCUCCGAGCUCCAUGGAGAUCUCUAAAAUACGCCAGCGUCGUUCUUCUGGAUCACGUGCACGCUCCUCCUCCGCUCUAGUUUACAGCGUGCUGGUGGAGGACAAUCAGCCGAGGUACAGCCUGAGGAGCAGGAAAUCCUUAUGUUCUUUGGAUGUGAAAGGAGAGAGACACCAAAACGGCUCACGUUAGGAGUACCGCUGUGUGCUUUUUUGGAAGUAUCCUUCCAGUUAAGUUUAUUGUACUGUAUGUUCUGGUUUACCAUUUAUGAUCAUUAUAGGACUUCAGAUACUGGACUGUUUUUAUGAAUGUAGAUGACUUCAAUAAAUGUCAUUUUGAAAUAACCAUUUAAAAUCA